UCCCGGGCUUGAUCUAAGUGCUUUCGUCAAUCUCAAUUCUGUGCGCUGUGCAUAGACCGUAAAGGACCACACGAAUCUAUUACACGGGCAUACCUGCUGCUUCUGCUUGGGUAUGCUUUUUUGUUGAUACUUUGGAGGUUAUUCGUAGGUCUGUAUGAGUUAUUAUGCAAUUGGUGGAUCGAUAAGGCGUCAGAUCCAGUUUCAAACCUAAGCACUUCACCUCGACCUUGGAUUUCCCUCUGACAUCGGUUAAAUUUAACGACACCUACCACUAUGGCGACUGCCAGUGGAACUCCUCAAAAGCGUGAAACAUUUUACGUAGGCGGCAGUUACGUGCAAGACGACAACGGAAAUCAUACCUUCCAAGGCCAGAUGUACGUCGAGCAUCUCCGGCCAAAUGGCGUUAUCAAACCCUUGUCCAUCAUCUUCAUACAUGGAGGAACUCGCACAGGAAAUGAUUGGCUCACUAAACCAGACGGAGACCCGGGCUGGGCCUCUUUUUUCUUGUCCCGCGGGUACGAUUUGUACAUCGUAGACUUGCCCUUCAGGGGUAGAAGCCCAUGGUGCCCGGGUAACGACCAGAUAGUGGCAUAUCCGGCGGAACAGAUACAGAAAAUGUUCACUGCAUGCAAGCAGUACGAAUUAUGGCCGCAAGCAAAGCUACAUACUCAAUGGCCCGGCACUGGCAUGAUGGGCGAUCCACUGUUCGACAAACUCUACGCCUCCACUAUUCAACAAAUCAACAGCCCUUUGAUCCAGGAAACGGCAUCGCAGACAGCAUUUGCAGCUCUUCUUGAUCGUAUCAAUAAGCCGGUGGUCCUUGUGGGACACUCAGCUGGCGGAUCAAUACCCUGGCUCGUUGCGGACAUUCGGCCGCAUUUAGUCAAAAUGAUUGUUGGGCUCGAACCGACUGGACCCCCUUUCUUCAAAGUCACCGUCGUGACCACACUGGGAUCUCCAUAUGGCAUAUGCCACGCUCCCGUAACCUAUGAGCCACCAGUCCAGGAUCCUACCAAGGAUUUGAAGAAGAAGGUGAAGAAAGCCAUAUCUCCAGGAUUGAUUGAUGGUACAUUGCAGGAUGAUUCCUCGUUGCGCAAGUUGAUCAACUUGGUAGAUAUUCCUGUGCUAGUGGUUACAGCACCAGCUUCUUACCAUGCGCAGUACGACUGGAUAACCGUCGAGUACCUGCGUCAAGCUGGAAUCAAGAAGGUAGAGCACUUGAGACUUGAAGAUGAAGGAAUAUUCGGCAAUGGCCACAUGAUGUUCAUGGAAACGAACAGUGACGAUAUAGCUGCCAAGAUAGAGGACUGGAUAGCGAAAACUGCAAAGGGGUUGUAAGAUGGUGCAACUCCGCCGCCGGUAUGAGAUGUCAAACGUGGCAGUAGGUUGGCAUUGCUCAGAUCAAGCUUGAGAGUUUGAGACGUACAGUUCAUCAUCUACGCGAUUUCCUUCUGUAGCUAGACACUAACAGAUAUGUCAUUAUUCCCCUUGUUUCUGUACAUCCUUGGGCCAGUUCUAAAAUCACAUUUCGGUCGGGGGCUGACGGAGUCACUCCUUAGGUAUAGGUCAAAAUAAAGCAGAAAUUUGGCCAGGG